AUGCGUGCUGGCGGCUUUGUGGUGUCGAGCAAUGAGGCAGGCUGGCAGGCAGCGAUCCACACGGUGGUGCACCGCGUGGGCCGCCACUUUGGCUUCCAGGCGUUCAAUCUGGACCCACGGUCAGAGGCGCGCGAGCCCACCUUCAUCCCCGCCACCAUCUUUUUGGUCACCGACCACCUGUACCACCUUCUGGUGAAGAACUACAUGAGGCGGGACAAGGCCUCGGGCACGGACGAGUACCGGUGGACGCGGUCGGUGUACCGCCUGCAUGCCACCAUCUUCCAGGGGUACCGCGACUGGUGCCGCCACGUGGACCUGCCCGAACGCAUCAAGGAGCUGGCGCUGGAGGAGCUGCGCAAGGGCGGCGAGGCCGUGGUGCGCGCCUCGGCAGCUGGCCUGGAGUGGGAGUACCUGCUGGAGGAGCUGUCCCUGUACUUUCUCAUGUACAGCGAGGGCGCCAACCUGCGCCACACACCCGAGGCCCUCUGGUUCCUCUUCUGGUGCCUGCGCAACAGCCACGAGAAGCAGAUGCAGAUCACGGUGCCGCCGCCCAGCGACGCCCGCUCAGCCUCCUACAUUGCCCGGACCCCUGAGCUGGCCAAGGACCUGAUGAAGCUGCGCAUCCACCUACGCAACAAGUACCAGCGCCAGAUCUCGGCCUGGCGCCAGGAGCAGGGCGCCAAGCCCGACGGCGAGAUGCGGAGCAUCAAGGAGCUGGCCGACAUCCACACCGCGGCCAAGGCGGGCAUCACGGCAUCGGCCCUGUUCGAGGGACGGGGCAGCCGGGAAGUCAAUAUGGUGGCGGAGAUGGUAGCCUAUGGCGACUCUGGGGCAUACCUGGACAAGCUGGUCACCCCUAUCUUUGCCUUUUUGGCGGUGGAGGUGGACCGCAAGGGCACCAGUGGCGUGGAGAUUGCGGCGAGGGUGACGUACGACGACGUCAACGAGAGCCUGUGCAUGCCGGGGGUGGUGCACAAGACGCUGGCGCGGCUGGGGGUGCAGUGGGACAAGAAGACGCGGGGCAUCCGCGUGCCCAAGGACCUGUACACAAACCUCAUGGCGGUGGGCAGCGUGGAGAUUGUGACGAGCGGCAGCGGCGACGGCGGCGACGCCAAGCCGCCCGCGCCCGCGCCCGCCCGCCUCAGCUUCGACGCCGCCUCCGCGCGCGACUGGUGGGGCGGCUUUGUGUUUGGCAAGACGUACGUGGAGCGGCGCAGCCUGUUCACGAUGUACAGGCGAGUGGCGGGGCGGAGGACCUUCUUCCGCAUCUGGGCCUUCCUCAUCCUCGAGUUCCACUUCAUGUGCGUCAUGCUGUGGGGCUGGCCCGCCACCAAGCGAGGCUCCUACUACGCCCUCUGCUCCGUGCCCUGCAACCACGCCUUCCUGUCGCUGGCAGAGCAAGUGGCGGGCGCCUGGACGCAGCGCGCGCCGGCCAAGGGCAUCCGUGUGCUGGGGCGCCCCUUCUGGGGCCGCUACAGCCACGGCAUCAUCGACUGGCUGGCGCUGAAUGUGGUGCUGUACCUGGCGCUGACGGCGCAGCUCACCGGCUUCUUCUCCUUUGACAUCUUUUACUACGUCGUCAUGGGGUACAGCGGGCUGGUGGUCGUCCACGCCGUCGUCACCACCCGCGACGGCUACUGCGUGUCGCUUUCCAACCAGCUGGGCGCGCGGCUGCGGCGGUGGCGCCGCGACCCGCGUGCCUGCUGCGGCGCCGCCUGGACGCCGCUCAUCUGGCUGCUGGAGCGGACCGGCUGGUCCAACUUCUUCAGCAACCUGGUCUUUUGGGUGCUGGUGCUGGGCGCCAAGUUUGCCUUCGACUGGUACGCCCUGAUGAAGCCCCUCAAAGACCCCGUCAUCGCUCUGUGGAACUUCGACUGGCUGCGCAAUGGCGACAACUGGGGUGACGCCGACGCCAUCCUGGUGGUCGCCCGCUGCCUCCCCUCCUUCCUGGUCAUGAUGAACGACGCGCAGGCGAGGCAGCGGCUGGUGAUGGUCUUCUACUACAUCAUCAUGGCCCUGUUUGGCUCCAUCAAGGGCAUCGUGCAGCUCAACCUGGGGUCGGUGUCCACCUUCCAGGAGGUGGUGGUGAGCUUCCACAAGGCCCCCAAGCGCUGGUGGGAUGCCUGCACCUCCAAGAAGGGCAAGGAGAACCUGUUCAACGCCAUCGACGGCCUGACCAGCGGCGGCACCACGGUGGCGCGCCGCGGCGGCGGCGACUACUCCGUGCCCGGCGUGCACGUCAACCAGGACGCGCUGGCAGCGCUGACCGCCAAGCGCGCCAUGGACCGCACCCGCCUCAGUGCCACCGAGCGCCUGCUGCAGAACACGCAGGACAUGGUGAAGCAGAGCGAGGCCAAGAAGGUGCUGACGUACUUUGAGGACAACCGGGUGGCCAUGUGGCUGGUCUUCUCUGACGUGUGGAACGCCAUCGUGGAGGAGCUGCGGGCGGUGGACCUGGUGUGCGACGGCGAGCGCGACAACCUGCUGUUUGUGCACCUCGACAUCGACCCGACCAUCGAGAUACUGGAGGGCAUGCGCCCCUUCAUGAUGCCCGUCUUCUUCUACGGCGGCCAGAUCAGCAAGGCGCUGGAGAGCGCCAGCCUGAACGCGGCGCAGCAGGUGGCCCUCACCGAGAUCCGCUCCCUGCUCACCUGGCUGCUCAUGCAGCUGGGGGUGGUGAACCGCGAGCAGGCAGACGUGCUGCUGCGCUUCCAGCCGCUGCCCAGGCCUUCCACGCUGGACCACCGCGCGGCCCGGUCUGCGGGCGUGGACGAGGUGGUGAAGCUGCUCAAGGCCCUGCAAAGCCUGCAGGCGCGCGUGCCCGACGACGCGGCGCGGCGCAACCGCUGGAUGGCGGCGGUGGGGGUGCGGGGCAACCUGGAGAAGCUGGUGCGCAUCCUGCGGCAGGAGGCCAAGGCCGUCCUUGACGAGCAUCGCAAGCCACCUGUCAGCGCCGCAGACACCAACCCCGGGCGCAGGAUGCACAAGCAGGCCGCAGAGCUGCUGGAGGUUCUGAACGAGGUGGAGGUGGACAGGCUGGACCGCUGGCGGUGGCAGGCGUAUGUGGGGGAGGAGGCGGCGCUGGAUGUGCUCUACCAGGAGACCCCCGACACGCCCUCCAAGCGCUGCCUGGCCAAGGUCGUCAAGCAAGUGGCCAAGAUGCUGCAGACGAGCGCCAAGGGGGCGCAGCCGCGGGGCGAGGAGGCGCAGCGCGUGCUCUCCGUGUUUGCCGCCUCUCUCAAGAACCCAACCCUGGAGACCCCGCCCUCGAUCGAGGACAUGCUGAGCUGGAACACGCUGACCCCGCACUACGAGGAGGACGUCAUCUACGCCCUCAACUCGGUGUCGGUGGCCAAGCACUUUGGCAUGGACGCGGUGGCGGCGCGGGGCAUGAGCGACCUGAUGCGUGAGAACGAGGACGGCGUGAGCGUCAUGCAGUGGCUGCGCAGCGCCUACCCGUCCGACUGGGACAACCUGCUGGAGCGGCUCAAGCCCAAGCUGGGCGGGCUGGACCCGCGCCACGUGACGGACGCGGACUUUGAUGUGGGCGGCCCGCUGCACCACGUUCAAAUGGAGCUGCUGCUGUGGGCCUCCUACCGCGGCCAGCUGCUGGCUCGCACCGUCAGGGGCAUGAUGGCGUACGAGAAGGCGAUCCGCCUGCUGGCCCACCUGGAGUGCCCGCAGCCCCCCGGCAUGAGCGACGUCAAGUAUUUGUCCCUGGUGGACGACGUCUGCCGCUCCAAGUUCACAUACGUGGUGGCCAGCCAGGUGUACGCCGCCAACCGGUACAGCAGCAGCCCCAAGGGGCGGUGGCUGGCGCGCGGCGUGGACAUUUUGCUGCACCAGUACCCCAGCCUGCGGGUGGCCUUCAUCGACACCUUCCACGGCCAGGCGGGCAGCCAGCAGUACACGGUGCUGAUCCGGGGCCAGGUGGGCACGCCUGCCAGCGACCCCGAGGGCACGCAGGAGCUGUACAGCGCCUUCCACAUCAGCGAGGACGUGUUUGCCGGGUACAACGCGGUGCAGCGCAGCGGCAGCGUCAAGUUCAAGGAGUACAUCAGCGUGGGCAAGGGGCGGGACAUGGGCUUCGACUCCAUCAACUUGUUCGAGUCCAAGGUGUCUGGCGGCAACGGCGAGCAGGUGAUGUCGCGGGACGUGCACCGCCUGUGCACCCAAUUCGACUUCUUCCGCCUCCUCUCCUUCUACCACUCGGGCUCCCUGGGCUUCUUCAUCUUCCGCUCCCGCACCACCGCCUUCUACUUUGCCAACGACGUGCAGUACGGCGGCGCCAAGUACAUCCCCACGGGGCGCGGCUACGCCAUCAAGCACAACACCUUCGUGUACACCAGCUACGCGCGCAGCCAUCUGUACUACGCGGCAGAGCUGCUGCUGCUGGCCAUCCUGCUGCUGCUCAUCGAGACCACGAGCUACGCGGGGGUCGCCUGGUCCACGUGGAUGGUCUCCAUCUCCAUCCUCUGGUCCCCCUUCUGGUUCAACCCACAGACCUUCCAGCUGGAGCGGUGCAAGGACGACUUUGAGGCCUGGCUGCUGUGGAUGACCGACGUCACAGACACGUCCACCAACACCACCUGGUUCUCCUGGAACAAGAGCCAGCUGGAGAAGGCGCGCAACGAGGGGCGCACGCAGACCAACCCGCUGGCCACCGCGCUGCGCGGGGUGGUGUCGGGCCUGCCCACCGCCCUGCUGGUGGUCGCCUCCAUCACCCGCCUGGACAACACCACCUACAACAAGUGGAUUGUGUUUGCCACGCUGUCGGGCGGCUUCUGGGGCUGCAUGGUCGUGGUGUGCGUGAUCAUCUUCAUCCCCGACGCGCUGUCUGUGGGGGUGGGCAUCAAGAAUCUGAUCCUCAUCCUGCUGGCCAACUUCUCGGGGGCUGCCUUCCUGGUGCAAGUUCUCGUCUACGCCUUCCGCGGCUCCCUCUCUGCCCGCCGCGUCGUGGACAGCGCCUACCGCAUGCUGGACUGGUUCAUGGGUUACUUUCUGUUUGCCUUCCUCUUCCUCCUCUCCUUCCUCUUCAUCUUCGACAAAAUCCAGGGCGCCCUGCUGUUCAACAUGAAGUUCGCAAAGGCACUGGAGCGCUCGCGCCUGCUGGAGGCCAACUACCUCACCUCGUAUGUUGACCGCGCCUCCGAGCGCAGCAAGAAGACGCUCAAGGAGGAGGUCAUGAAGGAGCUGGGGGCAGACAAGAAGAGCUGA